CCCAGUUCAUCUGUAUGUUUAAUGAUAUUCCAUUCUGGAAAGCAAAAUUACAUUUGGCACCUUCAACAGGAACCUGUUCAGUUUAGUGUUUUAUUUUGAAAGAAUCCACCGGAUGUGUGGUAAUCUUAUUUCAAUGUAAUUUACGCUGUUUGGAGCUGUCCCUUCACCGUGUCCUCGGCGGUCCAGCAGUAGAGAAACGAUGAUUGGCGAGCAGCUCCAGCAGCAGGAGGAUCAGCGGCAGGUGAGGUGGACUCAGCCCGGUCCCAGGGCGGCUCUCCCCGGCUCUGUUGGUGGGCCGUGAGCAUGUUACCGCUCCGGCCUCCUCCUCGUCCCUGCCACACCGACUGUCAUUCCCCUCUAACAAGAUGUAUUUCAACCGGAGAGGCAAGAAGAUCCACAGUGAGGGAGAGCAGUUAGUGUUGACCACCAUUAGACAGGAGGCUUCUGAACCCCAAGACCCAGGCCAGGGCGCCAGCGCUACCAUGCGUGCUCGCCUCGCAGACAGGUUUGACAAAACCUCACCUCUCUCCCAUCAAUCCAACGGCGCAGGACCCUCUGGCUCGUCCGCCGGGUAUCGCAAGGCGGAUGACGAGAUGUCCGGGACCACUUCCCAGGCGGAUCCCGUAGACGCCACGGCGCGGACGGUGAUCCUCAACCGGCCCCAAAACACCAAGUUCUGCGACAACCACGUGAGUACCACCAAAUAUGGGAUUUUGACCUUUCUGCCCCGGUUCCUCUAUGAGCAGAUCAGACGGGCGGCCAACGCCUUCUUCCUGUUCAUCGCACUUAUGCAGCAAAUCCCCGAUGUAUCACCGACCGGUCGCUACACCACCCUGGUGCCACUUAUCUUCAUCCUCACUGUGGCGGGAAUUAAAGAAAUCAUAGAGGACUAUAAAAGACACAAAGCGGACAACACGGUGAACAAGAAGAAGACGACAGUGCUGCGGAGCGGAGCUUGGCAGACGAUCAUCUGGAAGCAGGUGGCAGUAGGAGACCUAGUGAAGGUGACCAAUGGCCAGCAUCUUCCGGCUGACAUGGUUAUAUUGUCCUCCAGCGAGCCACAGGCCAUGUGCUACAUUGAAACCUCUAACCUGGAUGGAGAAACCAACCUGAAGAUCAGACAGGGUCUUUCCCAGACAGCCGGUUUUCAGACCCUGGACGAUCUGAUGGCACUGUCGGGUCAUUUGGACUGUGAAGGUCCCAACAGACACCUGUAUGACUUCACAGGCACUCUGCGCCUGGUGAACCAGAAUCCAGCUUCUCUGGGUCCGGACCAAGUGUUGCUGCGUGGAGCCCAGCUCAGGAACACACAAUGGGUUGUGGGAAUCGUGGUGUAUACCGGCCAUGACUCUAAACUAAUGCAGAACUCAACCAAGGUGCCGCUGAAGCGCUCGAAUGUGGAGCGGGUAACCAACAUGCAGAUCCUGGUCCUUUUCGGCAUCCUGUUGGUCAUGGCGUUGGUCAGCUCUGUGGGUGCCGCUAUCUGGAACAGGGAGCACACGGACGACGCCUGCUGGUACCUGUCACGGGCCGGUGACAUCUCCCUUAACUUUGCAUAUAACCUGCUGACGUUCAUUAUCCUCUACAACAACCUGAUCCCCAUCAGCCUGCUAGUUACUCUGGAGGUGGUGAAGUUCACACAGGCCCUCUUCAUCAACUGGGAUGUUGAGAUGUAUUACGCGGAGACAGACACGCCGGCCAUGGCUCGAACAUCUAAUCUCAACGAAGAACUGGGCCAGGUGAAAUACCUUUUUUCUGACAAGACGGGAACGCUCACGUGUAAUGUCAUGCACUUUAAGAAGUGUACUAUCGCAGGAAUCACAUAUGGCCACUUCCCUGAUCUUGACUGUGAUCGCUCAUUGGAGGACUUCAGCAACCUGCCGUCCAACAGCCAUAACUCUACAGAGUUUGACGACCCAAGUCUCAUUCAAAACAUUGAAAAAAAUCAUCCAACAUCACCUCAGAUCUGCGAGUUCCUGACCAUGAUGGCAGUGUGCCACACUGUCGUACCAGAGAGGGAGGACAACCAGAUCAUUUACCAGGCAUCCUCACCAGACGAAGGAGCGCUGGUCAAAGCUGCCAAAGGACUAGGCUUCGUCUUCACAGCCAGGACCCCUCAUUCGGUCAUCAUCGAUGCUAGAGGAAAGGAGAUGACGUAUGAACUACUGAACGUGCUGGAGUUCUCCAGUACUCGCAAACGCAUGUCCGUGGUGGUCAGAACGCCCACUGGGAAGCUGCGGCUUUACUGCAAAGGAGCUGAUAAUGUCAUCUUUGAACGACUAACGGAAGCAUCUCAGUACAAAGAUCUAACCAUCGCUCAUCUGGAGCAGUUUGCUACUGAAGGCCUGAGGACGCUCUGUUUUGCGUAUGUGGACCUGGAAGAAGACGCCUAUCAGGAGUGGUUGAAAGAAUAUAAUCGUGUCAGCACUGAACUCAAAGAUCGCACUCAGAAACUAGAAGAGUGUUAUGAAAAACUGGAAAAGAACUUAAUGCUGCUUGGAGCCACAGCCAUAGAGGACCGUCUCCAGGCCGGCGUCCCAGACACGAUUGCCACGUUGAUGAGGGCCGGUAUCAAGAUCUGGGUGCUCACUGGAGACAAGCAAGAGACCGCCAUUAAUAUAGGUUACUCCUGUCGCCUGGUGACACACGGCAUGUCCCUCAUCAUUGUCAACGAGGACUCUCUUGAUGCCACUCGUGCCACCCUCACCGCUCACUGUUCCUCCCUGGGCGACUCUCUGAGAAAAGAAAACGAGCUUGCUCUGAUCAUCGAUGGUCAAACCCUUAAAUACGCCCUGUCCUUCGAGCUCCGGCAGGCCUUCCUCGACUUGGCGCUGUCCUGCAAAGCUGUAAUCUGCUGCCGAGUGUCUCCGCUGCAGAAGUCAGAGAUUGUGGACAUGGUGAAAAAGCACGUUAAAGCCAUCACUCUGGCAAUAGGUGAUGGUGCGAAUGAUGUGGGCAUGAUUCAGACGGCUCACGUCGGAGUGGGAAUCAGCGGCAACGAGGGCAUGCAGGCCACCAACUCCUCCGACUACUCCAUCGCACAGUUCUCCUACUUGGAAAAGCUCCUGCUGGUCCACGGGGCGUGGAGCUACAACCGCGUCACAAAAUGCAUCCUCUACUGUUUCUAUAAGAAUGUGGUCCUCUACAUUAUAGAGCUAUGGUUUGCCUUUGUGAACGGCUUCUCCGGUCAGAUCCUUUUUGAGCGCUGGUGUAUAGGCCUCUACAACGUGAUAUUCACCGCGCUGCCCCCUUUCACUUUGGGGAUCUUUGAUCGGCCAUGCAGCCAGCAGAACAUGCUCCGCUUCCCGCAGCUCUACAGGAUAACCCAGAAUGCCGAGGGCUUCAACACCAAGGUGUUUUGGGGACACUGUAUCAAUGCACUGAUUCAUUCAAUUAUCCUCUUCUGGUUUCCUCUCAAAAUGUUAGAGCAUGAUUCCCCGUUCAGUAACGGCCAGGGAAACGACUACCUGUUUGCAGGAAAUAUGGUCUACACGUAUGUGGUCGUUACAGUUUGUCUAAAAGCUGGAAUGGAGACCACCGCUUGGACCAGGUUUUCCCACCUGGCUGUAUGGGGAAGCAUGGUUCUCUGGAUGGUCUUCUUUGCCGUCUACUCCGUGUUCUGGCCCGCCAUCCCAAUUGCCCCCGACAUGCUGGGCCAGGCUGGUAAAGUGAUGCAGUGCUGGCACUUCUGGCUGGGCCUGGUCCUGGUGCCCACCGCGUGUUUACUCAAAGAUUUUGCAUGGGCAGCCACACGUCGUACUUUGAGGAAGUCUCUGCUGGAGGAGGUGCAGGAGUUGGAGGCGCGGGCCGUUGACCCGGGAGCCGCAGUGCUCAGGGACUCCAGCGGCCGCAGUCUAAACGAACGAGCCCAUCUGCUGACAAGAGUAUUUAGGAAAACACCUUCAAGUGUUGGACGCUCCAACUCGGUGCAGCAGACGGUUUCACAUGGCUACGCCUUCUCUCAGGAGGAGCACGGUGUGGUGUCCCAGUCCCAGGUAGUUCGGUCCUAUGACACCACCCGCCAGCGCCCCAGCCUCUAGCCACCUCCACCCAACCCAAUCGAGGCUUUGGCUCAACGUAGCAACCGUUGUCAUAACGACAGUGAGAUGAACUUGAGAGCCACCCUCUAACGCCUUGGUGACUGGCCUAUGCUGUGGCCUUACCAAGACAAUGAUGUGACCUCCCUGUCACAUGGGGUGGGAUGGUCAUUGGCGGGUUGGGGGGGGGGGGUAGGGUGCGGGCUAUGUCUGGUUUUCGGAGGACUGGAUCAGAUAAAGGGACCAGUCUAAUUACUGAACAAACUCCUAAAAAAGCUGCACAGGCAUGAGCGAACCGUAUUCCAGACAUGCCAAGUCAAACUCAGAGACUGCUACUUGUACGUGUAUACACCUUGGACCGCUUCACGCCACUGUGUGUUGACGUGUGUGUGCGUGCGCCUGUUUCAGUUCGUCUGUGUCUGCCUGUGCAUGUAUGUCUGCACACCAUGUCGCUGUGCGUGUUUGCAUGUGUUGUCUACGUGUGUUCGCUUCGACGGUUACAGUUCAUCUCCAGCAAGGAGGAAUCUGCACACCUGUCGUUACGCACCGAUGCAGAGACGGAUGUCAGAAUGAUAGAGCACAGGGUAAAUUCCUUGUUAAAAACAGAAGGGAGCUCCACACCACAGCUACACUCCCAGUUUUGGAUCCAUGGCAGCACCAAGCUUCACUGCCAAACACCACAGAGACGCAGCUCCUACCCCCUCUGAGACCUUCUCUUGUUUAUUUCUUCCUUGCUCUUAUCUCUUCAUCUCAUUACACUUCUGCAGCCGCCAUGUUCUUUUUCUUCUCAACUGCCUUUAGUUCUGUUCAACCUCGUCUAACGCCAUCACCUGAUGUAGAAGCAGCAUGCCUGUUUUUAACGUUUCCCCUUCCAUUUCUGUUGGGAUAUCUGCUCUUACCUAACAUUUUAUGUUUAUUUUUUUUUUUUAUUAAAGUGGACAUUCAUGUGCAUGCAUUUGUAUUUUGUUUCUUCUGAUGUAUGUUUUUGUACUCAUAAAUGGAGGGACACCCGGUAAUACCCGGGGGAAUAUUUUACUUGAACUACUACUAAUAGGCGUCCAAAACGGCAAGGGAUUUGGAUUGAGGACACUUGCAUGAAUCAUGUGUUUCUCUGCUCUCUGUGAAUGUCCAUUGUCUGUGUGCUCUGUGUUGAGGACACCUCUUCAGGAAUGCAAGACUGAAGGGUUGGUGUGGGUGGGCUCUGAGGAGGGGUGUCCAUCCAAGUCCUAAUCAUUAAAUCUAAUCUAUCCAUGGCCCGA